GAGUGACCAACGUUUCCCAGUAGGUUUAGUUUUAGAGCAGUUGGGGUUAAUUUCCGACCAGUCGUGGCCAUUUAUUUUAACUAUCCUUCAACUUGUCUUCACCGACAGCCGUCGUCAUGUCCAACAACAAUGCCAGCAGCAACUUAGUUAUCGCCCAAAGGGCCGUGAAGCAGCUCCGGUUAGAGGCCAGUAUCCGGAGGAUCAAGGUGUCCCAGGCUGCUGCUGAGCUGAGAAACUUCUGUCUGCAAAAUGCCUCCAAAGACCCUCUCCUGGUCGGGGUCCCCUCCAGUGAUAAUCCCUUCAGACCCCCCAAGUCCUGCUCCCUGUUCUGAGCAGCAGAGAGAAAGGUGGAGGAUUUCAGAAUUUAUCCGUCGAAGGCUUUCUUCACUUCUACUUGAUGUUGCUGUGGAUAAAAAACCAGCAGCUCCUCUUGGGAUGAUGCAACAUGGGACUGAUGGGUUCAGGGGAGGGAACUUUUUCACUUGUUUGCCAAAACUAAUGGUAUCAUAACUCCCAUCUGUUACAUUAAGGCAGAGCCAAACUCUACAUGUUAAAAAAAAAUGUUAUUGACACUAACUUGACUAAUGAUUAAGCCAUUCUUGGUUGACCUAGUACUUAACAUGUCCGGUCUAAAUUUACUGAUCUAAUGGUGUCUCCAGUGUCUCCAGUCAGUAAGAUUCAGCCCAUGUGAUUGGCUACUCAAAGUGCAUCUUUCUUCUCACCUCUUGUGUUUUGUGUAAAACAAUCAAACAUUAAUUUAAACCAGGUGCUAUCAAGAAUAAGAACAUGUUGUGUUAUAUAUACAUUGUAUUUCUUAUUGUGGCCAACAGAUAUACUGAUAGUGUUUGAGCUAAUUUGAUUGGUGUCUUAAACUAUUCCUGUAUUUGUGGCAAUGGUAAAGGUGUUACUACUAUUUUGAGGUACAACAACCUGGUACAGACUUUAACCCUAUCAGUGCAGAGCAGGGUGAUUGUCAAAAAACUAUGAUCCCGUCCUUUUUCUGUAUAUAUUACACAGCCUGUCAAGGUUACUUUUAUUAGUCUAUAUGUUCCUGUCUUUGAUUUUAAAAAAGCACAUCAAGGCCUUAGGUAGUGCAAAUUGGUAGCAAAUCUAAUGUUAUAUCACUUAAGAUACACAAGUGGCCAAACAGCAAAUGCUCAUAUAUCUGUUCAAAACUUUCAAAUAAUGUUUGUAUUUAAUUGAUCAUGCUGCAGUGACUUGUUGCAUUACUUGUUUUCCACACUGGAAUCUUAUUCCAAUCAACCAAAACUUUUACUACUGUUAGCCUGUAUGUUUCUUAACUUUGCUACUGUGGGCAACCCUUUAGAAAUUAAAUUACUUUUUUGGACAGUGAC